CUUACAGGGAAACUUAAAGGAAAAUGAAACGUUGGAUAGAGUUGAUUUUGGAGAAUCACUUACAAGGUCUUCUAAUAUACUGGUGAUUAUCAAAUAUGGAUACACUGUUUUCACAAGGAAUGGUGUUUUUAGUUCUAUUACUUUUAGGAAGCAGAUACCUUGAAGCAAAUGAAGCAAAACAGUUUGAUUACUUCACCUUGGCUUUACAAUGGCCAAUUUCAUAUUGCAAGAUACAUUCUGAUAGGUGUAACUUGGAUAGAAUGCCCGAGGUUUGGACAAUUCAUGGAUUGUGGCCAUCAAAUGAAUCAAAACAAAAUAGACCUGUUUGCUGUAAUAACAACUUUGAUGCUCAGCAAAUACCUCAAAACGUCAGGGAGAGUUUGAAACUGAUUUGGCCUAAUCUUAAUACUGAUGAGAACGACACAAAAUUUUGGGCUCAGCAAUGGUGGAAGCAUGGAUCAUGUGCGUCUAAGGUCAACGGGGUUGAGAAUAUUAGCAACUAUUUCAGCAAGGCCAUAGAGCUAGCAAGAACAUAUAAUAUAACAGAAAUUCUUAAAAACAGUGGUAUCACGACAGGCAAAUGUUACUUGAUUGAAAAUGUACAGUGCGCCAUGAUGAAUAGAACUGGAAAAACAGCGAAAAUUAGUUGGACCAACGCAAGUUGUGCUCCUGGAUGGCUGUCGGAAAUAUGGAUAUGCUUCGACAAAACCUUUGACGUAAUCGAUUGUCCAAAUGCAUCUAUGAAAUGUCCUAUAAUAAAGUACUCUGAUAAAGACGACUCGCAGAAAACACCUUGUACAAAUGUCACAAACUCUGUACGGAACAAUUAUUGUUCACCACAUAGACCUACUUCAAGCAGUUCCAAUUACAAGAUGGUUUUACUCGGAACAUUACUAGUUAUAAUUAUAUCCACAGCGUUAGGUUUUAUCAUUUAUGCAUAUCAAAAGAAAUGGAAAACAAGACCAAAAGGAACAGCAAAAUCAGAUAACUCUCGCCUGCUGAAAAGUGAUGGAAACGAACUACAACUCUAUACUAUGUAAUUUUUGACUUACAUGGUCAUAUAUUGUAUGAUUUGCGAAUUUUAACCAUUUGUUGCAAAAUGCUUACAGUAUGCAAAUAGCAAAUCAUUGCCUGACCUGUAAGUAUCAUUUUUAAAGUAAAACAAGAGGCAUUACUACAACCACAUCGACACACCGUGCCCUGAGUGUAGUCUCGUCAUUAAAUAUUAUGUAGUUUAUAAAAUGAAUCAUAAAAUCAUAAAGUACUUCAUUCAGAUAAAAAUAUAAGUAUGCUUGUUUUUUUUAAAUCUAAAUUCUUAAACUAAAUGGGUGGCAUGAGUCUUCUUUUUCGUUGGUACAAUAAAAAUUGCAUGAGAAUAAUAAUGUGUUUGAUAUUAUUAUUAUUCCCGAUCAAACAGGCUUUAUAUCAGGAAGGUAUAUCUGUGAGAAUACUAGACAUAUGAUCUAAUGUAAUAUACAGAUAAAAAUGACAUCCCUGGUGUAUUAUUAGUUGGUUUUCUUAAAG